AUGAAACUUUUAAUCCUUCUUUCUCUCCCGUUUUUGGCCCUUGUCCACGGCCAGACUGAGACGGUGGUCGACCCCGCUCUUGGUGUCACCGUGGUAGAGGUUGUCACAACUGGAAUCCUUGGUCAGGCUACGACCGUAACUCUCUCCACCCUCACCGAUGACACCACUACCACGAGCACAACACCUCUAACCACCUCUACCACAACACCCCUCACCUCUACCACAACACCCCUCACCACUUCCACAACGGCCGCAGUCGAAGCCACCACGACCCCACCACAAGUUGUCGGUGUCCCGGCCAGCAACACCGGUUCCGUCGGCGACCCAACACCCUAUACCUACACCACCACCGACGCUGCAGGAGAUUUCAUCACCGUGCAGGACAUCUUCACUCCCAGUUUUGCGGCCACUGUGCUUUCGACUCCGACGAGCUCUGGCACGAUCUUGGACUAUGACCAGUGGUUGAGUUUGAUCGGGACGAAUACGGCUGUGGCGGGGACAAGUGGAGGGACCAAGGCUUGGACGCCUAGCGGGAGAGGGCUGGUGAUGGGGGUUAGCGUUGCGCUCGGGGCGUUGGGCGGUGCGGCCUUGGUCAUGGCCUGAAGUAGAGGAGUCGUUGUCUAGAUCCGGAUGGAGGUGUGAUAGUUUGUGCGUUAGGACAGUGGCGCGAGAUGGACGGAUCGAUCGUUGUUGUCGUUGUUGGCAUUGUUUUCUCUACUUCAAAAUGUCAUCGCUUCAUACCUUCGACGCGUUGGCAUUUACGGACGAUAUCGACCUGGAUAUUUUACUUACACUUUUAUGUUCUGAUUUGUGUUGUGUUAUAGCGUUCGGUGUUUUGAAUUGAUCUGCAGGUUCUCUUGAGCCCGUCGGCCGUACUGUGGACGCUCUUGUCGUACAUCACAUCUUCAAACAUAAUCGUAUUGCAAGC